GGGCAUUGAUGUAUUUGCUACACAGCUGAAUUAUUCGCAUUUCUAGGCGGUGGGCAUAAAAGCACCCGGCGCGCGUCUCCUCCUUUCGCCGGGCGGGGUCUCUGCAGCGGUCCCGCCUCGGAGCGCCGUGCGUAAAAGCGCACGAGUGGCGCGCCCGGCUUCCGAGCGGCCAUGGACGGAGAGGCGGGCGGUGGGGCGGCGGGUCUGGGCCGCGCCGUGGGCAUCGUGACGGGCGCCUCGCGAGGCUUCGGCCGGAGCUUGGCGCGCCUGCUGGCCCCGCGCCUGGCGCCCGGCUCGGCGCUGCUGCUGGUGGCGCGCUCGGCGGCCGCGCUGGAGCAGCUGGAGGGCGAGCUGCGCGCCGCCUGCCCGGCGCUUCGCGUGCGCGGCCUGCCCGCCGACCUGGCCACGGACAACGGGCUGCAGCGCGUGGUGCGCGCCGCCCGGGAGCUCCGCGGGGACGGGCCGCUGGAGCGGCUGCUGCUCGUCAACAACGCCGCUUCUCUUGGCGAUGUUUCCAAAUCCUUCUUGGACUUCACCAGCCCCGGCGAAGUCAACACCUACCUGGCCUUCAACGUCACCUCUGCGCUGUGCCUCACCUCCUCCCUCCUGAAGGCCUUCCCUGCUCAGCCUGGCUUGUGCCGAACGGUGGUCAAUGUCUCCUCGCUCUGCGCUCUGAAACCCUUCCAGACUUGGGCCCUCUACUGCACUGGGAAAGCUGCCCGGGACAUGAUGUUCCGGGUCCUAGCGGCAGAAGAGCCAGACAUCAGGGUGCUCAGCUAUGCGCCAGGUCCCCUGGACACGGAUAUGCAGGAAGAGGCUCGCACCAAAUCGGGAAACCUGGAGCUGCGGAAGACGUUCCUGCACAUGAAGGAACACGGGGAACUGCUGGAUUGCGACAUCUCCUCCCAGAAGCUGUUGGAUCUUCUUCUCGCAAACACCUUUGAAUCGGGGGCUCAUGUUGACUUCUAUGAUAUCUGAAUAAAAAGCCCCCGCCCUUCUUCUUCUCCCGGCACCUCCUAGGCUUUUGCUGCUCUGUGCUGCACCUCUGUAGGACUUGUGUUCAGCUUUCUCUCUGGACGCAGCGGCCAUGGCCUGCCACUCAGAGCCUUGCAUAUUGUGGAAGCAUCUGCCAAGUUCUGAGCCUGGGCCGUGUGGAAGGAGAGGAGGGUUCCAAGCUCAGGAAGAGGGGAGGAUGGGAGGAACACCUGGGAAGAGUUUGCGCUCCACAAACAGGGAGGUAGGGAUGUGGAAGGUUUCCCUGCACCCUUGGUGUCCCAAGCAUCAAGGAAC